AUGAACUAUGACACUACUGUACGGUCGGAGAUCAAGGAGAAAAUCAAGUGGAGUCGACUGAAAGCGGCAUAUGAGGCCGCACCGUUAGAAAUUCAGUUAUUAUGCAAGGCGAAGGCUGCCAAAGAAUGUGAAGCCAAGGCUUCUACCAUCCUCUCCGAAGGUGUGGCAACCAGAACACCUACCAACGUGCAGUAUGCAAAAACGCUAGAGGAGUGUAUUGGCCCAAUAUCACAAUUUUUUGAUGGGGUGAGACAGCUAACAGGUUGGGAGUGGACAGUCAUUGGUGGAGGCCCUGAUCCUCGCCUCAUGGGCAUGCUUUAUGUAUCGAGCUACCACACAGGUGUGAAUCAAGCUGGCCUUAUGUGGAAGCAGGCAACUUCGAAUUUCACGGACAAGCAUCUCAACCCAUACCUAAGCUAUCUUGGGACAGUUUUUACUGAGGAUGACAGGAAGAAGCGUGCAUUGGACUACAUGCCCCCUGCGGAACAAGAAGGGAAUUCAUUGCAUCAAGAGGCCGAGGGUCCGACAAUGUCGGAUGCAAGCACCUCAUUGCAGGUGGCUCUCUCAUCGCCUGCAGUGACCCCGAUGACAGUCCCCGAGAGCCUGCUGCCCUUCGACUCACCAGGGCCCUCACGCAUCAGCUCACAAGGACUCGACAACCCGUACUCUUGGGAUUUCGAUACCAGCAUUUCCAGCCAACCACCCCAAACACCCAUGCUCCCUGCAUUUCUGUUGACGUCAUCGGUACCCUCCUUUGGCACCUCCUUUGCCUGA